CAACUUUACAAUUGUAUAGUUUAUGCUAUGAUUGGCCAAACAUCUACAACUAUCAAUUGCUCGAUGACUGGCCCUAAUAUAACCAAUGUUAACAACAAAUCAGUAACACUAGAUAACUGGCCGCCCAAUGAUACUACCUAUCCAAAUGAACCGGUAUUUGUUUGGACAAACGAUGAUAGGGAUGUGGGUGGGAUUUGGAAACUAUUCAAACAAUUGCAUAUUUGUAUAAAAUUUUAUCCCAUAAAUGAUCCCAAACUAUUUAGUGUUUGGACAGUCGAUAAUGAUUACAAUAGGUGUGCACCACAGGCUUACCGAUCAGUUAGACCUGAACUAAUUGGCCGAAAAUUGAAGGCAAUUACUUACAAUCAUUUUGAUUUAAAUGGUUUGAUUGCCUUAUGGUUUAAUAUCGAUGGCCAACCCAUGUACUGUAUAACACCAAUAUCUCCCAGAUUUGUGGAUCAGUGUUUAUCAGAGUCAAAAUUGAUACCAUUUAUGAGCCAUUGUUUUCAGGAUAAGUUACCGACAUUUAGGACAACUACUGUUAGUGAUAUAGAAAGUAAUGGAUCAACAGUUAUGACUAAUACUACUACUACCGAUGCCAACACUACAACAACAACAACAACCGUAUCGGUUAGUCCUACUGAACCAUUGGUAGUCCAGUCAAACAACACUGGUAUCAUAUUAUUGAUUGUCAUACUAGUCAUAAUCAGUAUCAUUAGUAUUGUUUCGGUGACUAUAGUUUUGAAACUAUAUUUGAAAACCAAACGUCGUCUCCGUAAACAACAACAACGCCCACAACAACAACAACAAAACCAACUGUCCCGACGACACCAUAAAUCAAGUCAAACAUCAAGUAUUUCUAGUAUUCAAUCUAAAUAUAAUAAGUCAUCCACUAUUUCCAAUUGA